AUGUUUGUCCGAUCCCAAACAGAAUCUAGGGGAGUCACAGAAGCCCUUGCCUACAAAGAUGAAAAUAGGCUUCAACGAGACCACCAACAGUUAGCUGACCAGAGAGUUCUGUCAUGGCAAAAACCAGCAAGAGGAUCAUACCAGGUCAACUGGGAUGCAGCCCUAAAGGUAGAAACAGGUAAAAUGGGGCUGGGAGUUAUAGUUAGGGACCACCAAGGCUAUGUCAUUGAAGCACUAAGAGCAAGGAGACCAUUAGCAGGGAAAGCAUUUGAAGCAGAAGCAUACGGUUUAGUAGUAACGGCCACUUUUUGCAAAGAACUAGGCCUUAACCAGAUCCACAUAGAAGGGGACUCAAAGCGAGUUAUCAACCUAAUGCAUGGGAUGGAAAAGAAUUGGAGUAUGGGUGGUCUCUUAGUUGAAGAUGCAAAGAACAUCUUGUCAAGCAUUGGCAACUGGAAAGCAACACAUGUCUAUCUAGAAGGCAACAAAGCAGUUCACAAAAUAGCAAAAUCUACUUUAAACUUAGAUGAAGAUGUAUAUGACAUUGAAGAGUGCCCUUUGUGCAUUCAGUCAAAUGUAAUCGCUGAGCUGUUUUCAGCAUAA